CCUCAUGUAAUUAACUCAUAACUCCAAACCCUUCUUUUUCGUUUACUUCUUCUGAUAACUGAAUAGACGAGAAAAGAAGAGAAGACAAGAGAAGAGAGCAAUGGAAGGAGGAGGACGAACGGUGGAAGAGAUUUACGAGGAUUUCAAGGGUCGAAGAGCUGCCAUCAUCAAAGCCCUCACAACCGAUGUUCAGGAUUUCUACAACCAAUGCGAUCCUGAGAAGGAGAAUUUAUGCUUAUAUGGAUUACCUAGUGGGCAAUGGGAAGUAAAUUUGCCUGUUGAAGAAGUUCCACCAGAACUUCCUGAGCCUGUGCUGGGCAUUAACUUUGCUAGGGAUGGCAUGCAAGAAAAGGACUGGUUAUCUUUAGUUGCUGUCCAUAGCGAUACAUGGCUGGUUGCUCUUGCCUUCUAUUUUGGAGCCAGAUUUGGGUUUGAUAGAGCUGACAGGAAACGACUAUUUAAUCUGAUCAAUGAACUACCGACAAUGAAGUCCUCAGUCUCAAACAACAGCGGCAGCAAAUCUAAGUCCAGCUCCAAAGCGCGGGCUUCUGAGUCGCAGGGUAGACAGUCAAAGGCAUUCCAACCAAAGGAUGAGGAUGAAGGAGCAGAAGAGCAAGAUGAUGAAGAACAUGGAGAAGCCUUUUGUGGGGCAUGCGGCGAGAGUACCGGUACCGAUGAGUUCUGGAUUUGCUGCGACAUCUGCGAGAAGUGGUUCCAUGGUAAAUGCGUGAAGAUUACCCCUGCUAGGGCAGAACAUAUGAAGCAAUACAAGUGUCCAUCAUGCAGUGGUAACAAGAGAGCUCGCUGAGCAAUUUCACAGCAUUGAAUGGAGAAGCUUUGUUGGAGUCAUAACUGAUCUGGUUCAUGUUUUUAUUUUUUUUAUUUUAUUUUUAAC